AUGUCAUCGGGCGCUACUUCCGUUGUCCCUGAGAUUCUCGAGAUUUGUUGUAGUACUUUAUCGGAAGUACAGAUUGCAUGUGAGAAAGGUGCUCAUAGGAUUGAGCUAUGCUCAGAGAUGGAAUUUGAUGGGUUGACACCAUCCCUAGACCUUAUCAAAGAUACUAUCAUCAUAUGUUCACAACACGGAGUGAAACUUGUAUGUAUGCUGAGAUGUCGUGGUGGCAACUUUAUAUAUACUCCUUUGGAAAUGGAUAAUAUGCUAAACACGUUAAGUAUAUGGAAAAGGGAAGGACUCAAUCUGGAUGGUGUUGUGAAUAUUACUACAGCUGCUAUUCGAGUAAUUGAUGAAUUAUAUGAAUGUGGUGUUCGACGAAUCCUUACAUCUGGUUUACAUACUACUGCUGAGGAAGGGAAGGAUAUUAGAAACUUCUUCUUCUUGUUGUUGUGGAUAGGAACUUCCGAUGAAGGUUGA